AUGGCGAGCCCGAUGCGCGUGCGGGCUCCAGCUCGAGUGCAAAGCUCGGGUUCAAGCUCAUCACGCACAAUCUCCUCGCGUGCCACGUCCGAGGAUGCACAACAAACAAUUUUCCACUCGCUUUUAAAGACGUCGAGAUUCAACUCCGAGAAGCAGAGUUCAAUCAGGACUUUCUCAGAGGCUUCCUCCCAAAACUCGAGUGGCGAGCCCUCGUCGACACGGCAAAAUCUGCAACUCAACGAUCAGUCGCUCCCAGACACCCCACCAGCACCAGAACAGAUGGACACAGAGUUUCUCAAGGCGUUGCAUCACGUGCUGCUAGAGAUUCACGUCGAAGAAGGCGCAAUGGUUUGCGCAAACUGUGGUCAUGUAUACCCCAUCUCAAAUGGGAUUCCAAACAUGCUCCUCCAAGAGCACGAGCUAUAG